CUUCAAGCUGCUAUGGAAAUCCGAACACACCCCUCCAUUAUACUCAGUUGUCUGCUUAAAUUGGAAAGUUUCAGCAGAUAAAGAGUUAAGAAAAGCAUAAGGUUUUUUCCACAUCGUUCACAGUGCUGUGAUAGCAACCCAGAGGUUAAAGCCAUAGAAUACUAUUUAUAAUCAGCUACAAUGUAGUUUCUACAGAUCUCAGACUGGUUUUUACUUCCUUAAAAGGCUGCGUCAGAGCAAUGACAAAACAAAUCCGGAGAAGCUGAAGCUUUCUUUCAUUAUUACAUUAGAGGACAUUGCUGCUUCUGAAUAUUAAAGGGGCUACUGCAGAACAAAUAUAUUAUGCAGUUAAGUGAACUAACCAGUAAAUGAAAACAUUUCAUGUUAAUAUUUAACUGAUUUCACAUGACGUUUCCACAUAAGGAACAAAAUGAAGGACUUAGCCUGAAUUUUCCCCGAAGGACAAUGGAUUACACAUGGGAUUUCUUUAUUAAAUUCUGCUGCAAAUGUCUGGCUUCUCUUGUACAAGGCCUGCGUGUUCAGUGCAUACUGAAGAGUACUGCUGACUGACGCACAGUUAGGGCAUAGAAGCAAAAUGGAUGAAUCUUCCAUCUAGUGUUCCAGAAAAUGGAUUAAUGUGCUGAAGGGGAAAAAUAAGACAUUCUUCCAGCUUGAAAUCCUGUGCUCUCUAGAAGGUAUAUAUCCUAUGCCAAAUACUUCACGGAUAAGGACUAAUGACUUGGGAGACUGGACUGCUGUAAUUUGAACUAUGUUUAAUUGAACUAUGGUCAGAAGAAAGUUUCUAGAGAGCAAAAAAUGAACCAACUUGAUGCAACAAAAUCAGGAUUUUUAGUGUGCAUUGGCCUCUGUAUUUUCAUCUUCACUUUUAUCUAUGUAAGAAACACAUUUUCUAAGGUACCAAGUGAACAAAAAUCCUUCCCAGAUACAGCAGAAUGUGGUGUUUAUCCAGAUGAACUUUGUUCAGCGCUUUUUGAGGGGAAAAGUGCUGCACCUCAAAUUGGAAGUGUGUGUCAGAUUAUUCACCAACCUGAAAUGCCUGACUGCAUACGGACUCCAUGCAAUUGCUCUACAGUCUUGAAGAGUCUGCAUUUUAUAACAAGACCACUAUCUGAAGAAGAAGGAAACUUCUCCUUGGCAUACAUCAUCACAAUUCACAAGGAGUUAGAAAUGUUUGUGAAGCUACUCAGAGCCAUUUAUCUGCCUCAGAAUGUUUAUUGCAUACACAUAGAUGAAAAGUCACCACAGGAUUACAAAACUGCAGUGCAAAACCUAGUUAACUGCUUUGAAAACAUUUUUAUUUCAUCAAAAAGAGAAAAUGUUGUUUAUGCAGGAUUUUCAAGAUUACAAGCUGAUAUUAAUUGUAUGAAGGACUUAGUUAAUGCCAAAACUCAAUGGAAUUAUGUUAUUAAUCUGUGUGGCCAGGAUUAUCCCAUCAAAACAAACAAAGAAAUUAUACAGUACAUCAAAAGUAAAUGGAAUGAUAAAAAUAUUACUCCUGGGGUGGUCCAACCUCCUCAUAUGAAACAUAGGACGCAUCUUAGUUACAAAGAAUAUGUACAUUCAGGAACAUCCUACGUGUAUCCAACCAAGAAUAUGAAAGAUGAUCCUCCACAUAACUUAACUAUAUAUUUUGGUACUGCUUACUAUGUACUCACUAGAAAGUUUGUGGAGUUUACACUGACCGAUGUACGUGCAAAAGAUUUGCUUGAAUGGUCAAAGGACACAUACAGUCCAGAUGAGCACUACUGGGUCACACUGAAUCGUUUAAGUGAUGCUCCAGCUGCUACACCAAAUGCACAGUGGGAAGGAAAUAUACGAGCUAUUAAAUGGAAAGAUCAAGAAGGAGUUGCACAUAAUGGCUGCAAAGGUCAUUACAUCCGAGAUAUUUGUGUCUAUGGACUGGGGGAUUUACAGUGGAUCAUUGAAUCACCUAAUUUAUUUGCCAACAAGUUUGAGCCCACAACAUAUCCACUUGUUAUGGACUGCCUAGAGAGACGCUAUAGGCUUAAAGUACUGCAGCAAGCUGAAGUCCCACUAGAAGCCCACUGGCAUUUUCAGGAAAGUAACUAUUUUAAUAUGAAGUUGAAUGUUUGAGCCUACUGAACAUCUAAAAUAUUGAGGAGAAAGAAUGGGAAGAAAUUAGCAACAUGUCUUUUAAAAGUGCAGACUUCUUUAUAUAAAUUAUAUUUAGGGAAGGUGGUAUCAUCAACCCAGCUCCUGUUCUGUUGUUCACCAACUACCAUCUCUGGGAACUACAAACUGUAAGAAAGUUCCUAUCGGUAUUAAGAAAUCCUUAAUUAUUGAAUAGAGUACACUCACGAUUACUUCAGUACAGACUGCUUUUGAGAAAGUUCUGAAGAAUAUGGACAAAAAGAUCAGAAGACAAAUUUUUAAUAAGGAAAGAAGUGACUUUUUUCCCUAUACCUGAAUAAACUACCAUAUGAUUAUAUAUGAGACUUAUCAAAGAGAAGCAGAAAAUUCAAGCUACUCCUUAAAAUGAUUCAUUCAAUGGGGGAAAUAAUUGUUUCAUAUGGCCCUGAAGAAAGCACCAUUCAAGUUGCUGAAAUAGAAAAUAAGAAGCACAGAUUGAACAAAGACAAAAUAUUAAGAUUUUAAAGUUAAAUUAAAGUGAUGUCUAACUAUAUGUCCUAGUAAGUAACUUAUUUUGAAUCAAGGGAGAAGUUUACAUUAUGUACAGUAGUCUUAAAGGGACAGUGUAGGUUGAAAACAUUCACUAAGUUGUUUUUUUAACCUAAUAGAGUUGCAAGUAACACCUAAAUUUCUAAAACUGAAAGAAGUCAAGUGAUAUACAUAUAUGUGUGUAUUUUCUCAGUUUAUUUUGUGUAUUUGUCAGCACUUUGUAUAUAGUCAAUUUCACUGUUUUGUUGAUGGCCUGUUACAUUUCCUGGCUCAUGCGCUAGCAUGGCAACAUCACUUAUGCACUGCUCCGGUGGAAGCUUACAUGCAUAUUUUUCACUGGAGGGUAUUUAUCAGUAGCAGAGCUGCUAUUAGUUGAGUUUGGAGCUGGGGGGACCCUUUUCCUGGGAUCUCUGAAUGGAACUGGCAAACAAUGGGAGCAUAGACAGGGCAAGAAGGAACAGACUGUACUUGGGGUGGGGAGCAACUGGAAACUGGGCAACAGGCCCAUUCUUCCAUUCCACAGGGUAUGCAGGUAGCCCACUUCUUUCCAACACCUAUACAUAGCUGUAGAGUUCAGAAAAUAUCUAGCAGCAUACGAACAUGCACACCACCUCCAAAUCCAUUUGUGGAUUAAAGGAAGCACUGUUCUGCAUCAGGAAGGUGGUGGCCCCAGCCAGACCCUAUGAACAACCAACAAACCAGAGGCAAUAGCACAAGGAUUCCGCAUAGGGUUGGGCAAGGACUUGUCUUCACUUCCCAGAACCCCUCUACUGGUUCUGGGGAACAAAGCAGUUCUUCUCUCCUUAAGCCUCUCCUGGCAGGCCUUACAUCAAUCCUGCGCUGAAAUGACCGGUAGGAGAGUGGGGCACAACCACAUUUGGGUGUUGGUGUUCUCAGGCCAGCCCACUCUCCCUUGAGCAAGAAAUCCAUAUAAGCAUCAGCAGAAGAGGAAAACAAUUCACACUAUAUCACUGAUGAAAGGGGACUCACAGAGAAACUUCCAUUUUUUGGGGCCACUUAAAAAAAUCCAAGUCAUCAGUGUUCCUGAAAAAAAAAUGUGUGCAGUGGAACCUCAUUCCCACGACCCCAAAUACACUCCUAUAUUUCCUAGAAGUGAAUUUUGACCUAAUACAGACUAUUAUUUAUACAUUGCACAUUUAGAGACUUCCAUCUAGAUACCAUUUUUUUCUAUGGCUGCCAAUGGGUCCUGCUUCUUGAAAAUUUUAGAGGUAUUCAAUAGACCUUUGCUGUGCUCUGCCAUUUAUUUAUGUAUGGUAUUUAAUGGACUUCUGCCAUGCUUUGCCAAGCACUUUUUAAAAUAAUCUAAUACCACUCUCUGGAGUUCCUUUUUCACUCAGUCUGAGUCUCCCCAUAAAAUUUCUCUGGGGGAGUUCAUAGGGGCCGCCCUUAAAUUUAACCCAUUCUCCAGCAUGGUAUUUAUUUCUUCAUAUUUAAAUUCUUAAACCCUUUUAAAGCCAUUUCCCUAAAUGCUAGCUUAUGACCCCCACACUAAUGGGUGUAUACAUUACAUACUCAAGACGAGCGGAUUCAAGUCAUGGCACUACUGUUUUGGGGUUCCCGCAAGACCUCUUCCACUAGGUUCCCCAAGAACUCAGUUCAACUCCAGUCUCAUCACUUAGCUUCCCUUAUCAGGAGUACGGCAAAGCUGCGUGGAGUUGAUCAGACUCAAGUGUCGGGGUGGAUAUAGGGCACACAUCCAGUUACUCAGCAAACCUCCUCUUUUAUUUAAAUUUACCCAUUUGCACUGCAUCUUACAUUUUGGGACUGGCUUCGUCACUUUGAAAGAACCAAUCCUUAUACAGCAUGCACUGUCCGUGCACUACUUACUUUUUACCUCAUUUUAUGUUCCAGGCUUACCUUAUCCAUUAUUAUCUUGUCGGUUGUAAAUGGUUCCCUGGGUGUUCCCCCUUAUCUUAGCUAGUUCAGACAUUCUGUUUCCAGCUUGCUGAUCCAUUUCCUUCCUUAAUCCUGUCUCCCAACAAAUAAGGCCUCACCCAGGUCCAAUUACUCAUGUCAAAUCAGACCUAUACCUGUGAGGUAGCAAAGUAUUAUUCCCCUCUUUCGAAAUGCAAAAACUGAGCCACAGAGAGGUUAAGUGACUUACCCAAGGCCAAAGCGAUUUCCCUUCCCGAGGUUGAGUGUGGAGCUGAGCCAUAUUAUUGAACGGUUUCUUGGCAGCACAGUUUAUUUGAAAAGAACUUUAACAUAAGCACUGAGCAUCUGUUUCCCUAUUUAUUUAGCAAGUCAAGAAAUUCAACCUCUGCCUCCAUAAUUAUCCAUGGUAUAAAAAGAAUCAGCAUACAACUUAGUUAUUUAAAAAUACAUUGCAGCAUAACUUUUAUGAAUGUCAUGGUUUAAAGUCACAGGGUAAACUAGCAAAUGCCUUUUCUCAAGAAAAUUCAUCAUUAGAGCAUUUUUCACUUUGUUUAGACUGAUUGAAAACUAGGGAUUUUGUUACGUGCAUCAGUCAUAACAAAAUUAGCUUUGAACUUUCUCUUUAAACACCAUUAUAAAACAUUAAGCGUAUUUAUCUGUUCUGCACAAAUGUUUUAGAAAAUAAAUGUAAUGAUCACAAUCAUUUUGUUAUAAGAGCCACUAUAAAGGACUCUGUGUUUAGCUUGCACGUUAACAACCCAAUCUGCCACCCUUAUUCACAAUAAGAAAUAUCUUUCUCCAUAAUUAAUUAAAUUAGUGGUUUACUUGUGUAGCAAGGAAUCACUUAACGUGUAUGAAUAGCAGAAUCUGGCCCUAACUGAAUAAACUAGAGAAAAAAAAUCUUAGUUUACAGCUGUCAUGUACAUAAAAAGAACCUCUUGUUAAAAUAGUAUUAAGGUACGAUUUAAGAAUGGGCAAGCCAAGAAGUUCAGAGUUGAGCCUGAUCCUUCCUUAAAAUAGCUCUUCUAUAUUUUAUAUAGUUUUAAUACAAAACUCUACAUAUAAAAAAAAUGGGGGGAGGGCAAGAAGUCACCCAACGUCAACACAAUGGGGCAGUUUAAGAAAAACAUUUCAUCCCUAACUCUGAUUUGGCACAACCUCGUUAAAGUAAAAGCCUUAACAAUAUUUCAACAACAAUUUAAAAACAAGUCAUUAAUGUGACUAGGAGCUGAGAACAGCAUUAACAUAUAUUUAUGGAAAUUUAUUAAACGCACAUUGUUUUUUACCAGCAAGUUGUUCAGGGGUGUCUCAUGUCAAUCUGCAUUUACUGACUUUUAAAAACUGUUGACUCAAUAAACUUCAAUCUAUCAUGUCAAUGUGAUUAUGUACAAAGUAUGCUGCAUAACGUAUCACAGAUGCACUAAUUCUAUGGAUGAAAAGCAUUUGAAACACUUCUGAAAGUUGUUGCACAUGUGCAACAGCUGUGUUUCCAAGAUAAACAUAUUUGUGUAUGUGUAAAAGGCAUUAUUUCAAAUACAGUACUAUAGCAAGAGUGUAGUAAAAUCUGUUGAAAAUGAAACAUUUUCAAAAUAAAAUGUUAAAGAAAUGCAAAA